AUGGAACCAAUAGACGUCGAAGUCCAAGACCCCACGGAAUCGUACCCCGAGGGCGGCCGCGAGGCAUGGCUCACCAUCUUUGGCUGCUGGUGCGGCAUGCUCGCCCCGAUGGGCUGGUUAAACACUCUUGCUGUUUUGCAGGCUCGCGUUUCGCAGAACGAGUUGAAGCAUUUACCUGAAUCGACGACGGGUUGGAUCUUUAGCACGUAUGCGUUUCUGAUGUUUUCGUGUGGCGUGCAAGUUGGACCGAUAUUUGACGCUUACAAUGUAAAACUGCUCAUCAUCCCAGGCAGUAUAGGCAUGGUCCUCAUGUCCAUGCUUCUCAGCGAAUGCAAAGAAUUCUACCAAUUCUUCCUAACAUUCUCCAUCCUUGGCGGCCUCUCCUCCUCCCUCCUCUUCAACCCCUGCAUCGCCACCACCGGCCAAUGGUUCUGCAAGCGCCGCGCCCUCGCCACCGGAAUCAUCUGCACGGCCGGCGGCAUCGGCGGCAUCAUCUUCCCGCUCAUCAUCCUCUACGGCGAACCCAACAUGGGCUUCGCAUGGUCCGUCCGCACCAUCGGCUUCAUCUGCGCAUCCUCCUCCCUCAUCGCGUGCCUCCUCGUCAAGAAGCGCCUCCCGCACAACAAGAUCGCCGGCGCGCAGAUGGACUUCGCGGCCCUCCUCGACCUCAAGUACGCGCUCACCACGCUGGCCAUCUUCCUCGCCGAGUUUGCCGUCUUCAUCCCCUACACGUACAUCUCGUCGUACGCCCUGCACGUGGGCUUCGAGACGCAGAUGGCCUUUCUGAUGAACACGCUGCUCAACGUGGGUGCCAUCCCGGGACGGGCGCUGCCGGGAUUCGUGGCGGAUCGGUUCGGCGCCUUCAACAUUCUGGGCGUGACGACGCUGGUGUGCGCGCUGCUGAUCUUUGCGCUGUGGUAUACCGCGGCGAGUAGUCAGGCGGCCGUGAUUUCGUUUACCGUGCUGUUUGGGUUCUGGUCGGGGGCGACGAUUGCGCUGACGCCUGUGACGGUGAGUAGGGUGUGCAAGAUUGAGGAUUAUGGCAAGAGGAGCGGCACGACGUACCUGAUUGCGAGUAUUGGUGUUUUGGUCGGCGCUCCUAUUGCUGGCGCCAUGAUCAAAGCGAAUGGGGGUUCGUACUGGGGCAUCAUCAUCUUUUCUGGGGCAAUGUAUGCGGCGGCGACGGCGGCAUUGUACUGGGCGAGAGGCGUGGCUGCUGGUUGGGGGCCCAAGGUGAUUUUCUAG